UUAACUUCUUACUUGUUACUGUUCACUCCGCUCAACUCAGCAAUCGGUUCGCUAUGCUUCCUCCUUAACAUUUCUACUAACCCUUAAUCUUCUCGGUAAGCUUUCUCUCUUUACUUCUGGGUUACCAAUCAUAGGUUUUAACUAGGAGCUGGGAUGCAAUUGCAACUGACCCAUAUGCACUUUUCUCUGCUUUUCAUUGCUUGUCUUGUACUCCGCUUUGUUGCUUCAGAAACUAUAUCUAAUGAUGCAAUUCAUAGUCCAGUGGUUGCUUCCAAAAAUGUAACCAAUAUUAAAGCAUGGUGCCGUUCUGGUUGGGAGUUAACUCUAGAUAAAACCAAGUGCUUGAAAUAUAUUAACAAGUCACUUUCAUGGGACGAGUCGGAAGCUUUUUGUGAAAGCUAUGGUGGACACUUGGCAGCAUUGGCAUCAUCUCAACAGUUAAUUUUUGCCAAACAGUUAUGUGGAAAAAAUGCCAGUGGCUGCUGGGUUGGUGGGCGAAGCAUCAACUCCACUGUUGGUUUUGGUUGGAAGUGGUCUGAUAAUACAUCAUAUUGGAAUGGGUCGAUAUUUGCUGGAGCACCGUUUGAUCCAAACUGCGCUGGUUUGUCAUGCCGCAAUAAUUCGAGUGCUAAUUUUUGUACUCUGGUUCACGACAGAAACACAUUUCUUGUGGACGAGAGAUGCAACAACUCUCAUGCUUUUAUUUGCAUGCUUGAUGCUGAGAACAAAUGUUACCACAUGCACUGCCAUAGGGAGUAUCUUAUCAUCCUUUCUGUUGUUAGUGGAUUGAUUGUCUGUACUGCAUUAGCAGUGGUGACUUGGCUUCUUGCUUAUAGACGGAGCCGGAAGCGUAGAAAAUCCCGCAAGUUAUCUAAUCCAGCAGCUUCUGCAUUAGUUCCACCAUCAUGGAAAGUCUUCACUAACGAAGAAUUACGAUCCAUUACAAAAAAAUUUAGUGAAGGAAAUCGCCUUCCUGGAGAUGCAAAAACAGGUGGCACAUAUAGUGCGCUCCUACCUGAUGGAUCAAGGGUUGCAGUAAAGAGGUUGAAGAGGUCGAGUUUCCAAAGAAAGAAGGACUUCUAUUCUGAGAUUGGCAGGGUUGCAAGGCUUCAUCAUCCAAAUUUGGUGGCUAUUAAAGGAUGCUGCUAUGAUCAUGGUGACCGCUACAUUGUUUAUGAAUUUGUAGUUAAUGGACCCUUAGAUAGAUGGCUACACCACAUACCAAGAGGUGGUAGGAGCUUGGAUUGGGCUAUGAGGUUAAAAAUAGCUACUACCCUCGCGCAAGGAAUUGCGUUCCUGCAUGACAAGGUUAAGCCACAUGUUGUGCAUCGGGACAUCCGCGCAAGUAAUGUACUGCUUGAUGAAGAUUUUGAAGCACAUUUGUUAGGAGUUGGUCUCUCCAAGUUUGUGCCAUGGGAAGUGAUGCAUGAGGGAACAGUGAUGGCCGGUGGUACAUAUGGGUACCUGGCACCAGAAUUUGUCUAUAGAAAUGAGCUUACGACAAAGAGUGAUGUUUAUAGCUUCGGGGUACUGCUGUUGGAAAUAGUUACAGGACGUAGGCCGGCACAGGCAGUUGAUUCAGUGGGUUGGCAAAGUAUAUUUGAGUGGGCUACACCUUUGGUGCAGGCACACCGCUAUACGGAGCUCUUGGAUCCUCUAAUUAAUUCAGAAAUUCCAGAAGCCGGUGUGAUUCAGAAGGCGGUGGACCUUGUAUAUGCCUGCACGCAGCACGUCCCAUCAAUGCGGCCAAGAAUGUCUCAUGUUGUUCAUCAGCUACAGCAAUUAGCACAGCCGGUGGUUAUGAAGUGAUGCAAAGUUAAGGAGCAAUGGGGAUUUGUAACUAACUAGAAUAUAUCUGCAAUGCAGUAUUUAUCUGCUGCAGAGGCUAACACGUAUUGUUAGGUUGGCUUAGGAUAUGCCAACUUAUUUUAGUUAAGUAUGUAUGCAUUGCCUGUAGUCUGUACUCUGUAGAUUAUAAUGAUCAAUUUUAUGCUAAAUUAAUGUUUA